AUGAAGGUCCAGAUCCAGCUCGCACCCAUCGCCUUCUUCGGGCUGUUUGCCCGUGCCAUUGCACGAGAUGUCACAGUUUCGGCAGCAUCGUAUGUUGGCAAGGCGACUUCGGAUUCCUAUCCUCCAUCGGGUACCGCCGUAGACUCCACAGCCUUUCCUCCGGAGCCGGAGGUCGGCUUCCCUGGACCAACCCCGACCGGAGUAGAGCCCGCCGCCGCUCAGACAGCUCCGGUGUACCCCUACAACAAUGGCCCUUCUAAUCAAUUUCCGCUCCUGGCCCCGCAGCCACACGGCGAGGACGAGUCGUCCAAAUUUGACAUCAGCAGGUACUGGGGUAACCUGUCGCCAUGGUAUUCGCUGUCAUCGGCGGAUUACGGUCUGCCCGAUGCAAGCCCACUUGCUCCGGAAGGCUGCACUAUCACUCAGCUGCAUCUCCUUUACCGGCACGGAGCGCGGUACCCGACCAGCGGCGCGGCUCCUGCGCAAUUCGCCUCCAAGCUCGUGAAUGCUACCGAGAAGGGGUUUGAGGUCACCGGCGACUUGACUUUCUUGUCUAAUUGGACGUAUAAGCUUGGUGCUGAGCUUCUCACUCCAUUUGGCAGGAGCCAGAAUUUCCUCCUUGGUGUGCAAUACCGCCAGCUAUAUGGUGAGCUACUCAACAACUUCACCAAGGCAGGCGCAAUCCCAGUCUUCCGUACAGAGUCCCAGGACCGUAUGGUCAAGACAGCAGAGAACUUUGCAGCUGGAUUUUUCGGGGUUCCGGAGUACCUUGACCAAGUGAACAUCGAAAUCCUCGUAGAGACUCCCGGAGUGAACAACUCAGGAGCGCCCUACGAAGUAUCUGGGCUCAACUUCACUCCUACGGACGCGAUUGCCAUGCUGCAACUCUGCUCGUAUGAGACUCAUGCGCUGGGCUACUCGUCGUUCUGUCCACUCUUUAGUGAAGCGGAUUUCUUGAACUACGAGUACUACUACGACCUUUCGUUUUACUACAACAAUGGUCCGGGGUCCCCCGUCUCUGCCGCCCAAGGUCUAGGGUAUCUUCAAGAAUUCGUCGCCCGAUUUACUGGCGAGUAUCCCAAAGGCUGGUCGGCUCUGAACAGAACGUACGACAACUCGUCAACGUAUUUCCCUUUGAAUCAGUCUAUUUACGCAGACGCUACCCACGAAGUAGUGGUCCUGGAUACCUUGACCGCAUUCAACCUCACGGCGCUUUUUGAAGGUCCCCCGCUCAGCAGCACAGGCAAUAGGAAGGACAACAGCUUCAUUGCCAGUAAGAUUGUGCCAUUUGCAACGCACUUCACCGUCCAGGUCCUCGAGUGUCCGAGCUACAACUCCACUAAGCAGAUUAGGUUCAUUGUAAAUGACGCGGUUGUCCCCGUCUCAAAGUCCUAUUCCGGCUGUCCGGAUGACCCUUAUGGUCUCUGUUCCUUCGAUAACGUUGUCUCCGUUCUGAAGGAUCGCAUUGAUGAGAUUGACUACAACUACGACUGCUUCGCGAACUACACAGCAACAGUGGGGAAAAACUACAAUGGCAGAGCACCAAAGUCUUAG